CUCUACUCUUAUCCCUUCCCACACUCUUUAAUCAAUCCCAUGUGGGUCCCCUUGACCCUACCACCAAUAUGUCCAGCUGCUCCUUUUCCACCAGGAUACACACAAAAUGUUAUGUUAUUAUCCUCGCCAUCACCAACGCGCUUCCAACCAUAUUUUCAACCCACGUGUUCCCUCAAACACCCCUUACAAAAACCUCAAUAAAAAAUAUUAAAAAUUAAUCAUGCAGCAAAACGUCUCUUUUUUCUUUCUCUUUCUUUUUCGCGGGGUCUCCAUUAAAGAAGCAUAAAGCAAAAACUUGUUGCACACUUAUUAUUACUAUCACUCUUCACUUUUCAAUAUAUGGAGACCUAUCAAUAUCCACCGUCAUAUCCAGAUUCCGGUAACUCAUCACCGCUUUCACGAGAAAUCGAUUUCGAAAAUCCUUCUUCAUGGGAGGACCAACAAAACUACAAAGCAAAAUUCAUGUGCAGUUACGGCGGAAAAAUCCAACCACGCAGCCACGACAACCAGCUUUCCUACAUCGGCGGCGACACCAAAAUACUCGCCGUCGACCGCAGCAUCAAGUUUCAAGCCUUUCUCUCGAAGCUUUCAACUCUCUGCGACGCACUUCAACAAGAUAUAAGCUUCAAGUAUCAGCUUCCGGGAGAAGAACUUGAUGCUCUUAUCUCUGUUACUACUGAAGAUGAUCUUGAACAUAUGAUGCAUGAGUAUGAUCGUCUCUAUCGUCCUUCUUCAAAACCUGUGAGAAUGAGGCUUUUUAUAUUCAUCGCUCCGAAUUCGGGUUCGGUUUCGGCUUCUCAACCUGAUCCACUUAAACCUAAUUCCAAAGUUGAUUUUCUCUUUGGUAUUGAGAAUAAAACCCUAGCUCAACCGAUUCAACCUUCGUAUGCUGCUGUGACUGCCAAGUAUCACGAUCCUGUGCCGGAUCUUGUUGCUCCACAACCGGACUAUCCACCACGUGGAUCUACCGAUGAGAGUGUAGAGAUUCAGAGACAGUUACAGCGUUUGCAGGUUUCUGAGAGUGAGCAGUCUCUAUAUCGGAGAAGUUCGGAUGGUGUUACAGGUGGUUACGCCGCCGCUCCCGGCGGUGAUUAUUACGUACAGAAGAUGCCGGAGAAUAUUCCUCGGUCUAAUUCGCCAGUAACAGUUCAUCAUCCUGCAGGUUACUGGCCGGAUAAACAAUUUUCCGGCGAAGCUUUUCCUGUGACAGGGAUGAACACUUCCGGUGGAGGGGAUCAGCAUGUUUACAUGAUGCCGCCGCCGGGAACAUUCUAUCAGACAGCACAGAUGAUGCGUCCACCGACAGCGCAGGGGUACUACGCAGUGCAAAGAAUGGCUUCUGAUGGAUACCGGGAACAACCGGUGUACGGCGGCAUUCCGCCUCAGAAUGUUGCAUUUUCGUCGUCGUCGGCGGCUCAGCCAGUCAAUCCUUCGGCUUAUCAGGAAGGAUACGGCUUAGUUAGGCCAGCUGUUGUAGCGGAAAAUGCGGGAGCUGCUGGAUAUGCGCAAGUGGCGUAUGAUAGUUCAAGUGGGAGACAUGUUUACUAUACUACGCCGGGAGGCAUGGUCCACGCACCACAGUAUCAACAUGGGGUUUCUCCGGUAUUCAGCAAUGAUAUGAGACCGGCUGCGGUUCCUGGGGGCCAGGAUCCUAAAGUGGUAAACAAAGGUUCACAUUCACAAGGAUUGUGAUUAAUUAAUGCUGUGAUUAUGUUAAUUUUGGACUAAUAUAUGCUCAAUAAAUGUUGUUUUCUUAUGUUGUAUUUUUUAAAUAUAUAAUGCCAAUAUUAUUACAUCCAAAAAAAUUAGUCUCUCUU